UUUAACCAAUCACAUGUGCCUUAUAUUACAUAGUAUUGGAUGUCCACAGGGUCCCAGUUCCGCCGUGUGAGGGUCUCCUGGCAAACUUGCUGGACUUGACAAGCUGUUGAUGGCAGAAAGAGGAGAAGAUCCCUUGCACAAGGAGAAAAAAGGUUUGUUAGUUGCAAUCAGCUCAUCAGUGGAUAAAAUCAUUUGUCAUUUCAAUACCAGCAGAAACCUGGUGCAGAAGGCUCGGCUUGGGGACAGCAGGCUGAGUCCAGAACUUGGGUACCUCAUUUUGAAUAGCCUGUGUCCAUCUCUUUAUGCACUGCUCAACAAUGGAUUGAAGCCUUUCCAGAAGGAUGUGAUCCUAGGCAGGAGAAGGCUGAGUCCUUGGAGUCUAGUGGAGGCCUCAGUCAAACCAGGAUCAACUAAGGAAACCAUACACAAUCUGUUCUGUGCUGUCAGCCACCUUUCCCAACUCAGAGAUCCCAAAAGGAGGUUUAAUGCCUUCAUAUUCGGUCUACUGAACACAAAACAACUGGAUACCUGGAUAUCACAUAUGAAUCAAAACUAUGACUUGUUCUCCAUCUUUUUUGAUCCUACCGCAUUCCUAGCUCUGGCUUCAGGCUCUAACCCAGAACUGUGUGAGGAGCUGCUCUUGACAUUGCAGCCUCUUUCAGCUCUAACCUUUCACCUGGACCUGCUAUUUGAGCAUCACCACCUUCCCUUGCCAGAUCCUUCGGUUUCACCACGGUUGGUUACCCAUGGGCAGGGAGAUACAUGGGGAAGAGCCUCACUACAACAUAUAUUUCACUGGGGUGGACAACUUGCACACAGCCUAGUACACAAUGCAGAGCAAAAGAGGUUCCCUGCUGGCAGGGAAAAUUCACAGAACAGGUCCACUCUUCAUACAGAUAUUUCACAGGACCAGUCUGCUCUUUCCAGAGAUUCCCCACAGGACUCAUACUCUCUUCUUAGUGAUACCCGUCAAGACUCGCAAUCCUCUCCAAGUGACACUCCACAAGAUGUGCCUUCUUCUAAUAAAAUUAAGCAUGAUUCAUCCUCUCCUGAUGGAGAAAAUACAGAUGGCUUAUCCCCACCUGUCAGUGAAAUCACACAGGACUUAUCCUCCCGCACAACAGAAAUUCAACAGAAUUUGCCAUGUGCUUCUAAAGAAGAAGAACAUGGUUCAUCUUGCUCUCCCAAAGACAACCAACAGGAUUUAUUGGUCGACAAAAAAAAUGCCACACAAGUCUUGUCCCCUUUAUCCAGUGAAACUGCACAGGAGUUGAUCUCUUCGCUGAGUGAUACAAUACACAACAUUUUGUCUCCACACACUGAAACCCCACAAGACUCAAGCAGUAGAUGGUGGGGACAUCUUGCCCAGGCUUCACGAGUGUACAUGCCCUCAAGCAUAGAAACCUUUCCUUUCACAAGAUGGAGUAAACUAAGAAGCUGGGGGACACCAGAGAGAGAACAAGAAGCCACAAAUGUAAAACAGGAGGGCAUCACAGGGAAAGGGGAAACAUUUGCAAUAACCUCUCAAAAUACAACAAAGAUUGUGGAUUGCAGGGAAGAACCAGCAUUGGACCAGUACAUUAUGGAGUCAUCAAGGACUUUCCCCCAUACUCACAUAGGCCCUACGCAAAAAAAUGCAUAUUGUACCACAUAUUCAAGCCAUAUAAAGACUGCUGAAUUGCCUCAGAACACUGAAGGAUGGGGUUCUUGGUUUGGGCAUCUUUUCGGAGCAAAUACCUUCCCCAACAAAGAGAUGGAAACAAAAAAUGUUAAAUCCAGACGGCCCUCGAGUUGGCUACAACCUAAUAUUAAUGUUUUUGAUCUGGUAAAAAAACCCUUGAUGCCAGAAAGAUUACCUCUACCACAGAAAGCCAGUGGAGAUGGGCAUCAGAAUUCCAGCAAACAUGAAAGGUCUCUUCGGGCUCUCUGUGACCACGCCAGUUCAGAUCAGACCCAUCUUAGCUUUAGGAGAGGGGAUAUAUUGCAGUUGCUUGACACAGUGGAUGAAGACUGGAUCCGUUGCCAGCGUGGAAGGGAUACAGGCCUAGUGCCAGUGGGAUAUACAUCACUGAUACUUUAAUAUCCUCAAGAAAGGACUCCUCACCAUAGUUCCACUGCAGAGGCCAACAGUAUACUCAGGAAAUCUGUCAGUGGAUGGGUUACUAUGUGCAGAGAAAUCAACAGAUUUUUUUGGGGCCCUGGUACCUCAUGUUCUGCACCACCAUAGACUCCAUUUUACAAGGACAUACAGUUAUCUAUCUCAUCAGAUAGACAGGCACUGCUUCUCCAUUUAUAUAUGUUUGUCACCCUAUGAACACAGCACAUUGGUACCCUCAAUAUGCAUGGUGCUCCUUAUUCACACAUCAUAUGACACUUUUAUUCUCAGUACCAUACAAUUUUGCACUCACCCCCAAUGCACACAGUGCUCUGAAAUGUCUUUAUAUUAUUAUUAUUAUUAUUAUUAUUAAUUGAUCUCUGCUUUGUCAGAUAAAUACAUCCCUCUGAUGAUACAUUACAUGCAAUAGCACUCUUGUAUACCUAUGAACUACUUCACUAAUAUACCCAGGUUGGUCAUCAGCCCCCAUACACACAUUGCUCCUCAACUAACAUUACAGCUGCCCGGACCCUCUAUAUCUGUGCCAAGCACCUCUGGUAGCAAAGAUCUUUGUUUCUGUAACACAUAGCAUGAUGCACAUUCAACCCUAGAAACAAAGGGCACUUUCAUCCCAUCACAAGCAACACAUUCUGCUCUAUGCUCACUAAUACUUACAACAUUCUGUGCCUCAUACAAAGCGACACAAUACCACAAAGCUUUUAAAUCUCUUGACAGAUAUGCAAAGUGCUAAGCACUCUGAAAUACAUACAGUAUUCUGCACACCUUGAUGUAAAUGAUGUUAAGCAAACUUUGUUGCUCCAACUGCUACUGACAGUAUUCUUAUCCUCUGUACAUACAGAACACAGUAUCUUCAGAUAUCCGUAGCAUCCCACAUCUCCCAAACAAAGUUCUACUCUGUGCUGUGCCCUCUCUAAUAAAUACAUUGCUCUUCAUGCCUUUUAUACAAACAACACCCACUAUCCCAAGUAGACACAAAUUGUUUGGCUCUUCUUGAUACACCUGAAAUGUUCUUCAUCUCCUGAUAAAUAUAGCACUAUGCUCUUCAAUGAAAUACUGCUGUGUACCACUACAGACCACAUUCCUCUGCUGUUAAAGGGAUACUGAACGCAAAUUUUUCCUUUCAUGAUUCAGAUAGAGCAUGUCAUUUUAAGCAACUUUCUAAUUUACGCCUAUUAUCAUUUUUUUAUUUGUUCUCUUUGUAUCUUUAUUUGAAAAAGCAGGAAUGUAAGCUUACGAGCCAGCCCAUCUUUGGUUCAGAACCUGGGUAUCGCUUGCUGAUUGAUGGCUAAAUAAUUUGGGUUCAGUAUCUCUUUAAUGAUGCAGAACUCCUGUAACAUAUACACAUCAGUUCUGCAAUCCUCACUCCCAUGUAUAUAUGCAGCGUUACCAUCUGCUCUGGGGAUAUACAUCGCACUGCACCUAGAGGCACACUAUACUACACCCAUGAUUUUAAUAGAACACUCUACACCUACUGACACACACUGCUCAGUGUGCACCCAGUACUCACAAAGCUCUACACUUCUUGCUACACACAUGGAUCUGUAUCUCCUGAUACUUACACAGCUAAGCAUAUGUAGUUGACAUUUCAAUACACAAACCACUAUAUAUAUAUAUAUAUAUAUAUAUAUAUAUAUACACACACACUCACACACACAGGUAAUUUUCCUUUUACAGAAUCACACUUCUCCACAGUUCAUGAUUCAUAUAGCACUCUGCAUGUCCUUAGACAUGAAGGGCCAUGAACCAAUCACUAUGUAACACACAAUAACUCUUUAUACGCUAUACUUUCUUAUAAACCAUACUAUAUGUAAUAGACAAAUAGGAAUCCAAUAAUAAAUGUACAGCUCUGCUCUUCCUGAAA